AACGCGUCUGCGAAAAUAUCAUUAAACAAAAACAAUUUCGUUACUUCAGCUGCUAGGCGAAUUUUCUUGCCAUGGACAUACGAUGCCGCUUGUGCAGGCAGCCCGCGACGAAUAGUUUGAUUGCGAUUUCAUGUACGGUAUAUCCACAAGAUAAAAAUGUGUCAGAAAUACUCGAAAUACUCGAUGCUACGCUGGGUCCCUCGUGUGGCACUAACUCUUCCAAUCAUGUCUGUGUACAUUGCUUAGGCCAGAUUCAUCGGAUAUAUUUGCUAUUCGAACGUUCCAAACAGUCUCACAUGCAACCAAAGUGUGCCGAAGGGAAAGAGCAAAACUAUUUCCGUUGUCGACUUUGUAAGCGGGAAGACACUGAAGAAUUGAUCGAGAUGACUUGCCUUAGUGACCGCUGGAAUGUCCAAAUUGAUCAGCUACUGCUACUUCUAACUGGUGUUUGCCGAAAAAAUCGCGAUGGUUUACCGCCAUACGUCUGUAAUAAUUGCUUGGUGGAUUUAGAAGAGGGAUAUGGAUGCAAGAAUCAAUGGAAUGAUGCUGCUUUGAAGGCCUGGCAAAAGAUGGAGUUUCAGUCGGAGAAUCCAACCGAUUUGAUCGUUGAUCUGUAUGCUGAAAUCAUACCUCUGUGGUUGAUUCGAGAAGAAGAUGAUAAGUUUGAAAAAAUACGAAUCGAAAAAUACUUGUGCUCUGUUUGUAACUUGGAAUUUAAGCUGGAACAGGUCAACCCCCAAUGCGUGGGUUGUAUGUUGAAUUUUUCAAACCACAGUGAAAUUGCAAGUUUACUCCUGCAGCGACAGUCAAAGAGAUCUGAUGAAGUAGUUCCAAACGAGACGAUUGGGGUUGCAGAUAGUAUAAUCGACAACAAUAUUGAAACAGAUCCUGAUGAGGGUGAUGAUUCAGAUGACUUCGUUGUGAAGCAGCACUCAAAGAAAUCUGAUGAAGUCCCAAGAGAGACCCUUGAGGUUCUAGAUAGUAUAAUCAGCAACAAUACUGAAUCAGAAUCUGAUGAUGAUGAUGAUGAUGGUUCAGAUGACUUCUUUUUGCAGCAACAGUCGAAGAAAUCAGAUAAAGAAGUUCCAAGUGAGAUCCUUGUAGACAAUAUAGUUGGCAACGAUUCUGAUGAGGAUGAUUCAGCUGGUUUUAAAAUGCCAAGACAAUGGAAACUUUCAGAUGUUACCGGAUUGUUUGAUGUUUUCGAGAUUUCUGGAAGCAUAUAUCAAAACGCACAACGAAAGGGCCCGAUUUGCUGUGGAUGCAACAGCAUUUUCCUCACAGAAGCAGAUAUUGAAGAACAUCGUAGGAAGGAGCACUCGCAGCCCAGUGGCAGUGGAGAAUUUACAUGUAAACUCUGCCUUAAAAGCUUCCCGACUGAUUCAUCUUUCAGCGCUCACAGGAACAAAUUAAAAAAAGAUAUUUACGAAUCUUGUGAACAAUGUCAAUUGAUUUUUUUGACUGAGAUAGAGUUCAUGAGGCACGAAAUCAAGUUUCACAUAGACAAAUCAGCACUAAUGAUAGCUUCAGGAAAAUACAAACGAGUGGCCACUAUUGUCUACGAAUGUUGCGUGCCUGCUUGCCGCAAUGGUUACGCAAACCAACAACAGCUAAUUGAUCAUUAUAAUCUAGUUCAUAAACAAACCGCAACGGUUAACGAAAAAGAUACGACGUGUCAAUACUGUGGAUUGAGUUUUCCCAAUGAACGUGAUUUUCUGGAACACACUGAUCGAAAAGUUGACCGUAAGCAAUACCAAUGUAUUAUUUAUAACUGUAAAUUUACUGCGGAUAGAUUGUCUUGUAUAGUACGGCAUUGUACCGAGAGAGGGCACAAAAAAUCGAUUACAUGUUUUCGUUGGCAGAAAUAUGUGCCUGAUUUUAAACAUUUCAAUGUAAUCGGUAAUAUAGACGAAAGUACCGAUAUACUUCAACGAAAAAGUGAGGUGUGUUGCGGAUGUUCCACUUUUUUCGAAUUGGAAGAAGAUCUUAACAGACACUACAAGGAAAAACAUCUGCCAAUUGAGGAUGGAUGUAAAUAUCGUUGUUCAGCGUGUAGAAAAGGAUUUAGGACGAAGCUCGGUUUAUCUCUUCACGCGUUUGUAGCUUCUAUUCGAACGCACUAUUAUUGCCGACCUUGCCGAACCUUUUUGUGGAGAAAAACGGACCUAAUUAAUCACAAGUCUCAUACCCACACCGACGAGCAGCGAGUGGAAGUUGAAGAGCACUACGACACUACGUUCGAGGAUUGCUUCACAUGCUGCGGUUGUGAAAAACAAUUUCAACAGCAAGAGGAGCUGGCGCAACACCGCAUAUCGGAACAUUCACGACGUGGGAAACGAAAAACACCCCAAAGCGUACGCUGCGAUCUGUGCAACAAGUUUUUAACGAACGCAGAAAUCUUGGUGCAACAUAAAACAAUGUACGAAAGUCGUAAAAUAUACCUCUGCAAGACACAAUCGUGUGCGUUCCGCACUAGAAAACUGCCAGCAAUUGUGCGCCAUGUGUCCAGCAUGAAUCACUACACUGCCGACGGAAAAAAGAUAUUCGUUAUUAGUGACAAUCAAGUGGAGUAUUUUUGUUGCAUGAAGCACUGCGAUUUUGUUAGUAAUUCUUACGAUAGCGUAAUCGAGCAUGGCAGCAAAAGUCACGCUGAAAGGCGGGAAUACAACGCUAAUUUCUAUAGGAAAGAAAAUGUCAGUUGUCCAGUGUGCAUGAAAGGAUUCCGCAGAUCGACAUCAUUGGUCAAUCAUCAGUCUUACAAACGGAGACAAAACCCUAAUAAGAAGGUAGACAUUGCACCCCGAAGCAAGACCGUUUGUACUAUUUGUGGGAAAUAUUUGUCUGCUACUGGCAUGUUAAAUCACAUGCUGAUGCACGAGAACAAACGAGCCUGGAAAUGCUCAUUGUGUCCAUUGAGAUUCAAUACUGAGACCAUGCUUCGAAACCACUAUAGAGUUCACAGCGGAGAUAAACUGUUCAAAUGUCGUCAUGGCUGUGAUAAUCGGUACAAAGGUCCUGGCGAUCGUACCCGACAUGAAAAGCUUGUUCAUUUGGGAAUCAAACCAUUCAGUUGUUUGACAUGUUCCGACUCAUUCGUUCGCAAACGGGACCUUCAACUGCACGAAAGGAAGCACACCGGGCGGAAGCUUUAUCCUUGCGAUUUUUGCGGUGAUGGUUUUGAUAAGUUAAGUGAGUUCAAACUUCACAAAGACAAGUGUUCACAGCAUGUCAGUUAAGUUUCCACCAACCAUAUUUGACUCGUAUCGGGUUUUACAAGGGGAAAUUUGUCAAUAACUUUGGUUUAGUUCAUGUGUAAAUGCUGUUGGAAUAAGAGACAUCAAAAACCCAAAGGCCCUAUUCUCACAGUCACGUCACUUAGUGACUAGAAGGAAAUUUUGCUCUAGUCACUAAGUGACGUGACUGUGAGAAUAGGGCCCGUGGUAUCAAAUUUGUACUU